AUGCUCUUCAACAUCAAGACCCUUGCCGUCGUCGCGGUCCUCGUCAACAUCGGCUUGGCGGCACCAGUGGCCGAACCCGACCCUAACCCCGAAGCGACCACGGAGGUUACCACCCUUGUCGAGCGCGCCCCCUUCUACACGAUCUGGCAAGUCCGCAUCCAGCAGAUCGACUGGACCUUCAAGACCCCAAUUGGCGGCGGCGAUGCAGUAUUCGGCUACUCCAUGUUCGAAGGCGGGACCUGCAAAGAGCUGCGCAACGAGAAGACCAACAAGAACUACGGCUUCCGAAGCCGCAAACCGUUCAGGCUGACGGCCGACAAACCCCUCAAGUUUGAAAACGUCGGCAGCCACGGCACAGUUGAGUACUGGCUACAGGACGACAACCUUGUCGGCUGGAAGCCCGGUCAGAAGGGAUCACCUGCAUCGGUUGCCUUCUGCGUGCCAUCGAGGGACGACGAAAACACCGUCAAUUUCUGCCAAGACUGGACCCAGAAACGACGCAAAUGGACCUGUGUCACCCUCUAA